CUGGGCGACAUGGGUUGAGUAUCUGCUCCGUCCCCUCGGUAAGACCUGUCCUUGUUAGCACUUAUCGUAAAGCAAAUACGAAUGUACACGAAGGGUUCGCUUUACUGCUUACAACCCCGCCUCACGUGCAAGGGUAUGUAUCCCCAAGGUUUUUAAACGCAAGGAGAGCGCAUGUCCAGCUUAGGCAAACUGCAGCAGAAAGUAUGGAUAACCUCCGGGGGCACCAUGUUGUUGCUGCGAUUGCGACUAUCUUAGUUGCGUACCUUACUCGUGCCAUCGCUUGCUUCUUCCGUCACAGGAAGCUUAUGAGCAAAUAUCCAGGGCCACCUUAUCAUAAAUUAUGGGGACAUAUUCUUCUCUUGGGCGAGUACCGAAAGACAAAGCCGAUUCGCAUGCAUCCCCACUAUCUGCCAGCCCUACUCGCUGAGGACUACAACCUUGGUCCAGUCUUCUUGUUCGACACCUAUCCAGCCGGUCCCGCAAUUUUGAUCGUCAAUGACCCUGGUCUCGCUCAUGAAGUUUCAACUGUACAGAAUUACCCCAAAUCCCAACUCCUAGGGGAGGCGUUAGAACCGGUUGCUGGGCCUCAAAACCUCGUGGUAAUGGAAGGGGCUCUAUGGAAGAAAUGGAGAGCGAUUUUCAACCCCGCUUUCUCCAUGACGCAGUUGAUGACGCUGGUUCCUUUGGUCGUUGAUUCUACAAUGGUAUUUGUUGACGGCCUCGACAAGUUUGCCUCGAAGAACGACCCGUUUAGGCUUGAGGAGCCUGCAACCCAUCUGACUAUAGAUAUCAUUGGGAAAGUGAUUCUGAAUCAUGACUUCAAGUCACAGACCACGCAGAACGAGUACGUUGAUGCCAUGCGUGCACAACUUACAUGGCUGAGGGACCGUACCUCCUUCAACCCUCUCCAUAUCUACAAUCCGAUCCGUCCCAUUAUAAAUCUAUACUACACAUGGCGGAUGAGACGAUAUCUAGGCAAGCUCUUAGACGCGCGGUUGACAGCCCGCGCCGGCAAUGCUUCAAACACACGUCAGAGAGUCGGCAUUGAUCUCGCACUGGACACUUAUUUUGCAGAAUAUAGCCGGGGGAAGGGAGAUGACAUGAACCUGCUCAAGAUGGAUCCCGAAUUCCGCCAAUAUGUCAUCGACAAUUUCAGGAUGCUGCUUGUCGCCGGUCACGACACCACAUCAUCAACCGUCGCGUACGCAUUGUACCGUCUCUCCCGCCAUCCAGACAUCCUCGCCAAGCUGCGCGCCGAGCACGACAAGAUCUUCGGUUCUGACCCUCUCGCGGCCGCCGACGUCCUGAAAUCAAAUGUGCACUUGCUCAACAAGCUGACAUACACCACGGCGGCCAUCCAAGAAACUCUUCGCUUGUAUACUCCUGCUACUUCCAUCAGGCAGGGGGGACCACACCUCUUCAUCAAGGAUCCCAGCACAGGCGACAUGGUUUCGACCGACGGUCUCACCAUCUGGAUCGAGUCGGUCUGUUUGCACCGCUCACGCAAGAUCUGGGGCCGCGAUGUCCACGACUUCCGCCCGGAACGCUUCCUAUCGCCGGAAAUUAGCAAUAUUGAUCCUAGGACGUUUCGACCUUUUGAAAAAGGGCCCCGUAAUUGUAUCGGACAGGAGCUGGCGAUGCUGGAAAUCAAGAUUGCUCUUGUGCUUGUGGCUCGGCUUUUCGACUUCAAGGCUGCGUAUGAUGAGCUGCAUUUGCUGGGGGGAGACGGUACGCUAUGGGCGAAGAACGACCGAGGAAAGCAGGGUGUGCAGGACGUUUGGGGAGACGAAGCCUAUCAGGUGCUCUAUGCGACUGCGAAACCGAGGGAUGGAAUGCCGAUGAGGGUGAAGAGGAGGGUAUGAGUCUACUUUCUGCUCACAUAUCUGUUUGCAAGGAAAAAUGCUGGUUUGGAUAAGAGGUCUUUUAUGGAGCUUUAUUUUCGGUUUGUGUAAGCUUGUUUAUGACUAUUUGAAGUGCCUCGAUAUGAUUCCAGGCAUGUGGAAAAGAAGAAGAACGUUACUUUCCCUAAUGUGCAGCCUCGCUGGGUUACCCCAAACGGGC